AUGAAAAAAGGCGGGAAACUUUUUAAUUUAAAUAUAAGUAGUCCUAUUGAGGGUGUAGAUAAAUAUUUCUCUUCUAAAAUGUCCUGUAAAAAUAUUUCCGAAUCUUUAAAAUGUAAAUCGCUUUUAGAAUAUAAAGGUCUAUUAUGUGCUAUAUCUCCUAAUAAUAAAUCUAAAGCGGUUUCGUCAAAAGAAUACUUUUACAACAAAAAAAUACAGCUUUAUAAGACAGAAAUAUGUAGAAGUCAUUCAGAGACGGGAUAUUGUAAAUAUGAAUCAAAAUGCCAAUUUGCGCACGAUGUAAACGAAUUGCGCAUUGUAAAUAGACAUCCACGUUAUAAAACAGAAACCUGCCGCACUUUUUGGGAAGAAGGAAGUUGUCCGUAUGGAAAACGAUGCUGUUUUAUACACAUAAAAAAUAAAUCUUUAGAAAAAGAAAGAAGUAGUUUAGAAUCUUCCUUAUUCGUGGCGGAAAAUGUAAAUACAAUUAUAAAAGAUAUUAAUUGUACAAGCAAUUUUUUAAAAUUACCAACAAAAUCAUUUUUACAACUAAAUUACGAAGAAUUGGAUACUAAAAGUGCUGAUAAUCAAAUUAAUAUAAGUACAGACCAAAGAAAAAAAAGUUCAAAAAAAAACUGUGAUGAUUUAAAUGAAAACAAUCCAAGUAUAUUUCAAAAUGAAGAUUUAUUUGACGAUAUGAUGUUUUCGUCUAUUGACCAAUUAAAUUAUAAAAAUACAUCCGAAAUUAAAAAACAAAGUUCAGAUUUAAACACCAAAAAUAAAAUAACAUUAGAUUUUAAAAAUCUUGUAUUUGAAGAUUAUGAAUUUGAUAGAGAAAGACAAAUCGAUGAAAAACUUUAUUCAUCUGAUGUAUCUCCUAAAGAAAAUGUUAUAUUUGACACCUUAAUUUUUUCACAGCGAAAAUCUUUUUGGGAAAAUAAUGAAAAUCUACUAUGGACUUUAUCACCUUUAUUUUAUGCUAAUAAUAAUCACAUAUGGAAUAGAAAAUAA